AUGACUUUUGGCAAUACCGUAGAAUUAAUAAUAUCAAUAAUAGCUUUGACAAAGGGACAAAUUCACGUUGUUCAGGCUUCAGUGCUUGGAUCUGUACUCUCAAAUAUUUUGGUAGUGUUGGGGUCAUGUUUUCUCUUUGGUGAUAUCACCAUUCUUAAAGAAGUAUCUGCAGCAUUUAGUCUUGCUAUUGAUGGAAAUUCUAAUAAUAUUCUCAGCAUGACUGAUUCUAGGAUCUUGAAUUUAAGUUAUGGCUCUUCAGUAGUAUUAUUUUUAAAAACCCAUAAAGAUUUAUUCCAAACCGAAGAAAAUGAAGAGCUACAGAUAAGCAAGUAUUUGGCACUAUUUUUGCUAGUUACAGUGAUAGUUGUAAUAGCAUUUUCUGCCGAAUUUCUUGUUAGUUCAAUUGAAGAAGUUGUCACAUCUCAUAGUUUAAGCAAAACCUUUGUUGGGUUAGUUUUACUACCCAUUAUUAGAAAUGCUGCUGAG